AUGGAGAACCGAAAGACGGCGAGGACUUGUGUCAUGUUUGUGGUGCUUUUCGUCCUCACCGUGCACGGCGGAGCUGCACGUCCUGUGAGGAGCGGCAGCGAUCGGACGCUGAAAGAGCAAAAUGAACUGCAAGCUCGUGCACCGGAUGCGGCGGCAGCAGGACCAAUAGGGACUGGAGGAAGUGGCGUGGGCGAUCAGAGGAACUUCCUGCCGCUCGGUGGCGUCGGGAUGGGCGCCGGAAUGGGUGGCUAUGCUGGCAUGGGCAGUUACGUCGGCGGAGUAAUGCCAACGCUCGGCAGGGUCAGUGGAGUCGGUGGUGGCUUUGGUAUGGGCGGCGGUUUCGGGGCGGGAGGUGGUGCCGGUGUCGGUGGCAUGGGGGGCAUGGGCACUGGUCCGCUCGGGGGACUUAACGGCCUUGGUGUCGGCCCCGGUGGAACUGGCGGUCCUCUUCCUCUUCCUUAG